AUCUUAGUUCGUGUGUUGAUAAAAAAAGAAAGAAAGAAAAAAAGAAAAAAAAGAAGGAAGAUAAACACACAAGAUGUAAAACAACACUGUUAAAGAGAGAGAAAAAAAAUGAGCUCGUUCUCCUUGAGCCAGUGAGAGAGCCGCAGAGAGCCGCAGAGACCGAGUGCCACGGUGCCAAAAUGCGCAAGAGCCACGCGGGAGUGUCUGCGGCGGCGAGGUAGCGCGCCAUGACGUCCGUGAAACAGAUGAGCAUCGCCGAGCGUCGCGGCCAGUACCGGGGGCGGUCGCAGAGCCAGCCCGCGCCCUCACGCCCGCCCUCGGUCAGCACCCACGCCCGCAGCAAUGGCCACGCGACGCCCACGGGCACCACCAAGCAGAAGGCGGGCAGCGAGUGGGGCAUCAAUGGCAUUUCGGGCAGGAGGCUGUACUCGGCGCAGGUCGGGACGGAGGGUCGGCGCUCGGGGCGGCGCUCGCUGGGCUCGGCCGCCUCCUCCGCCACCUGCUCCUCCGCCCGCACCGUCGAGGCCUUCACGCCCGCGUCCAGGAUGCGAGGCGCCGUCGUGGCCGGCCCGCCCAGGAUAGGGGUGUUCCGCCCGCGCCCCGCGCCGCCCACCACCUUCAGGAAGAUGUACGAGAGGGGCGACGUGCCCGUCACGCUGCACCACGACCACCACGGACACACGCUGCGCUGGAAGGUCGACGUCGACAAGCUGGACUACCACCACUACCUGCCCCUCUUCUUCGACGGCCUGAGGGAGACGAGUCAUCCCUACGACUUCUUCAGCAGGGCGGGCAUCCGGGACCUUCUCUCUCGCGGGGGGGACAAGAUCCUCCCGGUCAUCCCCCAGCUCAUUCUGCCUAUUAAGAGUGCCCUUAACACUCGAGACGUCCGCGUGAUCUGCACCGUCCUGAAGGUCCUGCAGGAGCUCGUGAUGUCGGCGCCCUUGGUGGGGGAGUCCUUGGUGCCCUACUACAGACAGAUCCUCCCGACGCUUAAUCUCUUCAAGCAUAAAAAUGGUGAGUUGGAGAAGAAGGGUGUGGGAGACUUUUCUGCUCUUAGAGAACCCUAUGAUUAUGUCUUAUAUGAGGCCGAGUAUGCUAUCGCAUGGUUCAUUUAUCGUAGAACAGUGACUAAGGCCAAGGUGCUGUACCUGGAAGAUGAGAAAGACCUGGCCAACUAUCCCUCUGUUUCACUCCGUCUAAUAACCAUGUGA